UUCUAAUCAUCAAUCUGCGAAUCCGGCCACGGGUGCAUGUGCAGAGCCGACCGGUGUAUCUGUCAUAUCCAUGGUCGGAAGCUGCUUCCCUCCCACGGUGGUAUUCAUUCCCAUGUCACGGAGCCAUGGCCACAAACCAACGGAGGGAUGUUUCUCUCCCCCAUCACGUCAAGCAACGCAGCGGCAGGUGCAUGCUCGGUGAGGUCAGCCACCAUGGCUUGCCGGUGCACUGCUUUGCCCACUCUGUCUCGCUUUCCGCCCACAUGUGGCCUACACCGGCCGGCGUCGCCUCCGCAAAGGCAGCCCCAUCUAUCCCAUGAAUUCUGCGCAAGGUUUGAUGCGCGUACUCCUCUCCGCCCCAAAUCUCCGUUCCGACCACUUUUGGCCGAGCUUGCAGGGCGCACUCACUCGUCACGGAGCCAAUUUGGCAACUCGAUUCCUGCCGCUAGAUCCGGUUCGAUCGUGUUGGGGUCGAUCAUGAACCGGAUUAGCUUAUCUUACUCGAUCUCACUUGCUUCCAUUGUUGGAGAAGGGCAAGGCAAAUCCACACGCAUUAUUACUAUGCUCCGUGUUCGACAACUGGUCAUCCUGCUCAUGGCUACUGCACGUCUCCCCGCUGUACUAAACUUGCCCAACAUGCAUUGUGCGUGCCGCCAAGCUUAUGUUUCCCCACCAAGUCGACACGGAUUCUAAUCGGCUCGAUCGAAUCCAACCACGAAACCCAUAUCCAUAGCAUUAAUUGAAGGGGUUCAUCCCGCACCUUAUCCAUCCUAGUUUGAUUGGUUUGACCAAUCAUAACACCGGCUAUAAAUAUUUAAGCUCGGCAUCACCGUCUUCUAUAGCUCGAACUCCAACUUCUCGGCCAUGGGAAGCCACGGACGGGGUUGGGUGAAGGGGAGCGCCAUCGGAACUGGUGCCUUCGGCGUCGUGCACCUCGCCUUGGACGAGUCCACCGGCCACGCUUUCGCCGUCAAAUCUGUGAGCCUGAGUUCGUCCCCUGUUGCCUCGGUCCAAUCUUUGGAGAGGGAGAUCCAAAUCCUCAGGUCGCUUCGCUCUCCCUACGUCGUCGCUUACCUCGGCGACGACACCAGCCAGGAGCCUCGUGCCGGCGCGUGCCGGAACCUGCACCUCGAGUACAUGCCCGGCGGCACGGUGGCGGAGUCGGCAGCGGCGGCGAAGGCCAAGGGUCUCCCGCUGGACGAGAUCCAAGUGCGCGCUUACGCGCGGUGCGUGGUGCGAGCUCUUCGUUACCUCCACGACGUCGCCGGGGUCGUGCACUGCGACGUCAAGGGCCGGAACGUGCUCUUGGGGCGGGACCGGCGUGUGGCCAAGCUCGCGGACUUCGGCGCAGCGGUGAGGAUUGCGGACGCGAGCAGGGGAGGAGACGGGCGGGGUUGGGUGCGCGGGACCCCGCUGUGGAUGGCGCCGGAGGUAGCGAGAGGGGAGCGACCAACGCCCGCGUCGGACGUGUGGUCGCUCGGGUGCACCGUCAUCGAAAUGGUCACGGGUGGACCGCCGUGGCCCGACAUGAGGACCAACGACGCUGCCGGAGCUAUGCUCAGGAUAGGCUAUGGCGGCGAGACACCGGAGUUCCCAGCUCGGCUGUCUGACGUCGGCCAGGACUUUCUCGCCAGGUGUUUCAGGAGGGACGCGACCGAGCGGUGGACGGCGGAGCAGUUACUGCGGCAUCCUUUCUUAGCCAAGGAAAGCGUAAUCACCGACCCAUCUCCGAGAGGCGUUCUCGAGUGGGCAAACACGGAAUUCCAUGAUGACGACGAUGAUUCCAUCAAAGAAAGAUGCACUGUUAGUUCUAGUUACGAUCAUCAAGCCGAGGAGAUGAUGAAUUGCGCAAGAGGAAGAGUGAGGGAAUUGGCUUUGGACGGAGGUGCCUUUGGUUGGUGCAGUGAUGGUUGGGAGCUCAUCUGGUGCUCUGAGACAGAGGAGGAAGAGAUCGUUGUGGAAGGGAUGUGCGAAGAUCGUUCGAGCAGCGGCUGGUGGGAAUCGGGAGACGGGAACGGCAGCGCCGGUGAGCCAAGUGAGGGUGGGUUGUGCAGUGGAAUGAGACGCUCUGCUUCUUGCAGCAGCUGCCGUAGUCGUCUUUGUUGGCGCCGGUGUUACUGCCGUAAUGGUGGUUUGGGCUGUCAGCAUGUGCUUGGAAUGGGGAAGAGUUUGGUCAUUGGGUGUCAUCACUUGUCGUCACUGAUAAAUGGCAAUACAGUUCUACAUUUCCUUUUCUUCUCUCUCUCUCUCUCUCUCUCUCUCUCUCUCGUGGAGGCUAAGAAGGUUAGGUCUGAUGAGUUCAGUCUCAGAUCACUGUGCAUGCCAACUUUCUUCUCCCCUAAAGCGCGUGGCGUGCUGCCACUUGCACAUACGGUGCAGAAGGAAAGCAACCAGAGAUGACUUUUUUGUCGGAAAUAAAAUUGCAUACC